CGAGGGGGGCUUUUCUCUUUUUUUUUCACAGCCCAUUGUAAGCAAUCAGAGAGGCAAACAGAGAGCAGGAGCGCGAGAGCUGUAGGCAGUCCUCUCCUGAGAGAGUCUGAGAGCAAUGCUCAGUCCAGCGACAACAACUCCACAUCCAGAGCUGCAGGAAACGGGGGGAUUUUCACACCAACGUCUGCUCUGGGGCCUCCGAAGUAGCCUGGCGUCCUCGCGGGUAUGCCUGCACAAACUACGACUCGGUGGACAGAGUUUUAGCAGUUUUACCACCACUUUUAGGCUCUAAACAUUCUUUAAAAGGGCUUUUAAAAGGUCUUUUUUGAAGGCCUUACCUACUGUGGUCUACCUAAUGUGGCAUGUUCUGUAUCUUCCACAACCUGGAACUUUAUUCCUAUAGUCCUAAAGUCCUAAAAAAGUCUAUAAAAAGUUCUUAAAAAAGGAAUUUGCAUUUGCAAGAAACCUUGAACCUGCAACUCAAAGCAAAAGGAUUUGGAUUCUGCAAAGCUGAAGAUGCUGCAGGUCCUUUUCGUGACGUGGUGGGUGUGGAUGUUACUGGGUGCCGUGGAGGUACAAUCCCAAGCCCAACCUGAAGCUCAGGGCCAGGAUUCUUCAUCCUCAUCUUCCUCUUCUUCAUCCUCUUCAGCUUCCUCGUACCCCUGGAGGCAGAUGAUCCAAUGGGAGAACAAUGGUCGAGUCUUUAGUCUGCUCAACAGUGGCGCCGAGUACGUUCCAGCUCGGGCACAAGAACAGGACAGGAACCAUCGCUUGAUUCUGGCCGAUACCUCUCAGAACCGAAGAACCAGGCCAGGUGGGAACGUGCGACGCCAGGCACCUUCUAGAGGUGGUUCGGAAACAGUGAGGGGACAGGCGAGGCAUCCCUUCGGAUUCGGGCAGGUGCCGGACAACUGGCGCCAAGGGACUGUAGGAACAGGCGAAUCGGCGAGUAGUAGUCGGUUUCAGUCGUCUGGCGGAAGUGGAACUCGUUAUAGAACUUCUUCAUCUUCUUCUACUGGUUCUUCUUCAUCAUCGUCUUUUAAUGUGCCAACGUACCAACAGUACCCGUUCCAACCGCAACCUGCGUACCCUUUUCCGUAUGAACCGUACGAACCACCGUUUCGAGGUACGGGAACAGGAACGGGUACAGGAUACUCUACCGGCGCUGGUGGAGGGUUCACCGGAGGGGGCUAUGCUGGUGGUGGUGGGUAUUCUGUUGGAAGCUAUGGAAGUGUUGGUGGAGGUGUUGGUGUUGGUGGUGCGUUCCCUGGAGGUGGUGGUGGUGGAGGAGGAAUUCUGGCACCAGUGGCUCCAAGGUCAGACUUUACAGACGAUGCUUAUCGCUACUAUCCACCAUAUGGUCAGCCAUAUGCACCUGUUCCUGCUCAACCAGCACAACCAGCUCAACCAGCACAACCCCCGUUCUCCGACGGUCUGGACCGCCGCUACACCCACAGCCUGUACAACGACGAGACCGCAGGUAAUGGAGCUAAUCGAGCUGCCGCAACCGGCGCCGGAACAGGAGGUCAACCUGCCCUGCAAAGCCCUCAAUACGAGCAGUUUCCACCAUUCGGAAGACCUCAGCCUCUUCCUCCGUUCGUCCAGCAGUCUCCACGAAAUCCUCUGACCUCCAACGCCGCCGAGAACCCCAGCGUCAGUGCGGGAAGUGUCUACAGACCUCAACAAAGAGGUCUUCCUGAUCUGGUUCCGGAUCCGAACUACGUCCAGGCCUCGACGUACAUCCAGCGCUCCCACAUGUACUCGUUACGAUGUGCAGCCGAGGAAAAAUGUCUCUCCAGCACGGCCUACACCUCUGAAACCACCGACUACGACAUCCGAGUUCUGCUGCGUUUUCCUCAGAGGGUGAAGAACCAGGGGACGGCCGACUUCAUGCCCAACCGACCGCGACACACCUGGGAGUGGCACAGCUGCCACCAGCAUUAUCACAGUAUGGAUGAGUUCAGUCACUAUGAUCUGCUGGAGGUCAGCACGGGGAGGAAGGUAGCUGAAGGACACAAGGCCAGUUUCUGCCUGGAGGACACAACCUGUGACUUCGGCCACCUCAAACGCUACGCCUGCACCUCCCACACACAGGGACUCAGCCCGGGUUGCUACGAUACGUAUAAUGCAGACAUUGACUGCCAGUGGAUUGAUAUCACUGAUAUAAAGCCAGGAAACUACAUACUGAAGCUUCAGGUGAACCCCAAAUACCUGGUGCUCGAGUCGGACUUCACCAACAACAUCGUCAGGUGUAAUAUUCACUACACGGGACGCUUCGUCACGACCACAAACUGCAAGAUCUCUCAGUCUUGAGUGUGGCAGAAGUUGAUGUCUUGCGAUGUGCUGUUCCAUCAAAAUGUGAAUGGAAUACUAGUUGUUUUAAUCUGUUGUUUUUUGCUCAUGUUAUUAUUGUUAUAAUUGUUAUUAUGUUGUUGUUCUUUUUGUUUUUACGUGUUGUUCUGGUCCCAUAAGCCUGUAGGAAGCUUGUGUUCAGGCGUUUCCAGAGACCCUGUUCACACUGGCACAGUGGAGCCGACGUUUCAGCUGCAUCUUAUUUUAUUCUUAUUUUUUAUUGUUUUAUUUUAUCCAACAAAAGUACAGAAGAAUGUAUGCUGGGAAAAUGAAAUGCAUUGAAUUUACAUGAUUCAGUACAGUCACGGUUGCAUCAAAAGAAGAUCGUUAUCAAUCGAAACAAAUCGAGUCAGAAAUUAAGAUUGAUAAAAAUUAUAAAGUGAAUGAGAAUAAACUAAGAACAAAAAAAUCAUAAUAUAAAAACAUAAGAAUCAAAAAUAAAAAAUAAAUAAAUAUAAAUCAAAAAACAAAACAAUACAAAUUUAAAUAAUAACAGAAAAGAAUAACUCGGUAAAAACAGUCACACGCUUUUGGAUUAUUUUUAUUAAGUAUUAUGCAAAUUCAAUAUACCAUUGCUUUUCAGUGUAGGUAUACUCACAUAGGCAUACACACAUAUUUUCAUGCACCGUUCUUUUAUCUCAGAAUUGUUGCAUAAAUAAGGUUUAAACAUAAAAUGUAAUAACUUCUUCUUUAUUAAACAUAUUUAUUAGAGACUGGUGCUUAAAUGAAAGUGAUUGAGCCCAAAAACCUCACUGUAAAUCAGGAGAAUUCCCCUAAACCCCUCGAGCUCAGAGCUCAUCUGUACUGUCUGGAGAGAAGAACAGCAAAAACCCGACGACUGGAAACAAAAAAUUAAUCCUGUUAUAGCUCCUCUUUUCUCUCCGCUAUAGAGAGACUAUAGAGACGGUGAAAUAAUGAAAUGAGGUUUAAAGGGACGUCUGAGAAAUUCGCACGGAUGAAUCAUCUGCUAUCUUUUCCCAUAAAUUCUGGAAAAUCCGAUCAUCUGGACAGAGGAGGCCCUGAAUACGAGCCCUGAGUGAAUUAAAGGAUUUAAUAGAAAGAUUUAUAUAAAUAUCUGUCAGCAGAACUCUUUAAAAUGUGGUUUAUACACUCGAUGACAAAAAAAUAAUAAUGCACCCUGACUGCUGCAAAGUGCUAAACUUGCUUCCCUAUAAAAGACAUUAAGGGGUUAGAUAGGUUUAGUUUUCAAGUUGGGUUUAAAGUUAGGAUUAGGACAAGAACUAGGGGGCUACUUUUGGGUAGUGUACCUCUUGGUGAGAGAUUGCUGCUUGAUUGCCGGACAUGCAUCUUUGAUGCACAUGAAGGUUUAGGACCAGGGUGAGGACUAGGCUUAAAGACUGAUUAGGGGAUCGUUUUAAGUUCAGGCAUGGGUUUAAAGUUAGGAUUAGGAUAAGAACUAGGUUUAGGACCAGGGUAAGGAUUAGGUUUAAAAUCAGAUUAAGGAAUAGGUUUAGGUUUUGGAGUGGGUUUAUAGUUGGGAUUAGGACAAGAACUAGGGGAUACUUUUGGGUAGUGUACCUCCUGGUGAGAGAUUGCUGCUUAAUUGCCAGACAGGCAUCAUUAAUGCACUCGAAGGGUUAGGACCAGGGCGAGGAUUAGACCUAAUGUCAGAUUAAGGGAAAGGUUUAGGUUCUGGGAUAGGUUUAAGAUUAGGAUUAGGACAGUGACUAGGUUUAUGGUCAGAUUAAGGGAUAGGUUUAGGUUCUGGGUUGGAUUUAAGGUUAAGUUUAGGAUCAGGUUGAGGAUUUGGUUUAAGGUCACAUUAAGGGAUAGGUCUAGGUUCUGGGUUGGGUUUAUAGUUAGGUUUAGGAAAAUGACUAGGUUAAGGACGAGAAUUAGGUUUAGGUUCAGGUUCUGGGUUAGGUUUAAAGUUAGGAUUAGGAUAAGAACUAGGUUUAGGACCAGGGUGAGGAUUACUUUUAAGGUCAGAAUAAGUGAUCGGUUUAGUUUCUGGGUUUGGUUUAAGGUUAGGAUUUCGACAAGGAAUAGAUUUAAGACCAGUGUAAUGAUUAGAUUUAAGGUCAGAUUAGGGUAUAGGUUUAGUCCUGGAAUAUGUUUAAGGUUAGGAUUAGGACUAGAACUAGGGGCUAUUUUUGGGUAGUGUACCUCCUGGUGAGAGAUUGUUGGUUGAUUGCCGGACAUGAAUCUUUGAUGCACUCGAAGACUGAAAUUGGCUUCUCAAUUCUGCCUUUUGUCCUGGACUGAAGAGUUCACACUGUAAACUGCAGGUGUGAUUGAUGAUCUGAGGAGCAUCUCAUACAGUGAGAGUCGGUCACUCCUAGUAGUGAUAGCAGGAACACUAACAGUGAUCUCAGUGAUCUGUGCAGAACAUCCUGCAGAUACAUGUGUUGCUGCCUCUCCUGCAGAACUUCCAGCUGAUAGCAGCAGCAUUUUUCAGCAGGGUAAUGUUCACUCACACACAGCAAGGGUUUCCCAGGAACACAGUCUCCACCAGAUUACAGCACUUCCUCGUCCUGUCAGCUCUCCAGAUUUAUCACCAAUCCAGCAUUUAUGGAGCAGCUGGGACUCAGCUUCAGCUUCAACCUACGAGUGUAGAGCUACAGGAUCUACAGGACCAGCUGUAGCAACAACUGUGGGUAAAUGUGCUGCAGGAUCCAUACAGAACCUGUAGAACCUCCAUACCCAACCCUCUCAAUCUUAUCUUAUAUCCAGCAUAGAGGAACCAACAGGGUCUAAAACUAAAUUAUUUUAAACAGAAUUCUUUCCCCAAUACCUUUAUCCUUAUUUUGCUUUAUUUUUUUUUUCUUGUCAAAGACUGUAUUUACCCAAAAGUUUCCUUAAUUUUCAUGUUCUUGAAGUUUUAUGUAGUUGGUGAAGGAUAACAGCCUGUAGGCAUCUGGCAGCUUCUUUAUUUUCUGAAUUCCAAGCCCAACCUAUUCUCUACCCUACUUAACUUUUAUAUCUGGAAAAUUCAGACCUGGACUUGCACCAAUGAAAUAGCUAUAUCCAUUUUACAUUAUAUAUAUACUUACAUCUAUAUACGUUAUAUCGUUUUCUGAAGCUACCAACACUGGUCAGAUGCCCUAGGUCAUCGUCAACUAUUGUAUGUAACAGUUAAUCCACUAUUGUACAACUUUAUCUAUAAAAACAGGAAUAUAUUUUCAUUUUUUCUUUUCUUGAAAUGGUUUCACGUACUGUUUUAAAGACGCACUGCUGUACUUGUGGCGUUUCUUUGAUUUUCAGACCUGAUUCAGAAUGUACCUAAAACAAUACUACUGUUGCAAAGCUAACAAUGCUAAAGCUUGAUGUUGCUGACAAGCUCAAUGCCAUCUCGACCUACCUCUGAGAGAGUUAGCUAUUGUUUCCAGUUGAGAGCGAGCAGUGAACAGCGCUUUAUGGAGCUUAAAUAAUGUAAGUUUACAUAAACAUUUGAAUUUUGUAUAGUUGAAUUAUAUCCCCAUGGCAAAUUGAUGGUGACAAUUCAUUAGUUUAAUUUUGAACUAUUAUUAUUUUGUUUUAGAUUUGUGAAGUGGGAAAUACUGAUGUAAAAAACAUAGAUUUUAAAAUUACAGCUUACAAAUGUUUUAAAACAAUUGAAAAUAUUAAAUCCUGAAUUAUAUAAUUUUCUGGGAAGCCCUGACAUUUGACAUUUGGCCUAAAUUUGAGUUUAUAAUUAAAGAAGCCUGGGAAUGCAAUCAAACAAAAAUUCAGAUUUUAUGCCUUUAAUUUUUAAAGCUCCAUAUGCUUCCCUUUAUAUUGCAACACUUGAAGGGACCCAAGCAGUCCUCACAAUACAUUCCUAAAUACAUAAUAAUUAUUCAUAAUCAAUUAUAAAUGCUAAUCGGGGCAACUUUUACAUAAAGUUUACAUAGAAAACUUGUAACAUAAAAUGUGUUUGUGGUUUCCAGCAUACAGUAUACAGUAUAUACAGCAUUAGGAAUGUGUUAAAUCAGUUUAUUUUUCCCAGAAAGCUCUGUAUGAUGUUUGGGGUGGAGAUUAAUCCGGAGCAAACUGUGUUUAUCAUAUUCAGUUUGGUCAUAUAUAUAUAUAUAUAUAUAUAUAUAUAUAUAUAUAUAUAUAUAUAUAUAUAUCGACAAUAUGUUGAUCUAUGCUCUCUUUACUUAUGUGAAGUGGGAUCAGAGUUCCUUUGAUAUCCGGUUACUCGUCUGAAGAUGUUCCAGGAUGUUAUUCUUCACACAGUUAGAGGACACGGCUCUGUGCCAGAACAUUGUGUCAGAUCCUAUGUUGCUCUUUGAGUCAAAGUUGUUUUCUUUGCUCUGUUCGGAAUGUUUGUCUAAGACUGUAUACUGGAUCUCAAAAUAAAGCCAAAAGUGUAUGACAACAGUU